UGAGAAAUUUGUAGAGAUGUUUAAUGCUUCACUUAAACAGUAAAACUGCGAGGUGACUACUUCUCUCUUGACCUCACUUCCCAUCUCUCUCUACAAGAGCUAAACGGCGAGUUUGUGAAACCGGAGCUCUCCUUUGAUCAAUCUCACAGAAGAUUCACUUAAGAGUUUAAUGGCAGCGAGAUUACAGCAAUUGCAAAGCAAGGCUUGCCAAGCCAAGCAAUAUGUGACCAAGCAUGGAACCACCUACUAUAAGCAGUUAUUGGAGCAGAACAAACAAUAUGUAAAAGAACCAGCAACUGUGGAAACAUGUAGUGAAUUAUCCAAGCAGCUGUUUUACACUCAUCUUGCCAGCAUUCCCCGUCGCACUGAGACCUUCUGGAAGGAGAUUGACUAUGUGAAGAAUAUGUGGAGGCAGAGGCAGGAUGUGAAGGUUGAGGAUGUUGGAAUCGCUGCUCUGUUUGGGCUUGAAUGCUUUGCCUGGUUUUGUGCCGGUGAAAUUGUGGGAAGGGGAUUUACGUUUACCGGCUACUAUCCCUGAAAACACAAUGGGAAAUAAUUGUGGGAAUGAUUUGACGUACUCAUGGUCGGGCAGGUUCAUCACGCAACUUUUUUGAUUUAAAAGAGAGUUUCAGAAGCUGAUAAAUCAGUAUUAAAAUUGAAGUCUUCAAUAAUCAGUACAUCGGUCUUUGAAUUUUCUCUGUUUUGAACUUCCAUUGUUUCCAUUUUACGUUUGAUGAUACUACUACUGAGUUGGAUGUAGCUUAGCUCCUUAUAACAGUUUUGGUGUUGCCAUGAGAA